CCCCACAACACAAGCACCUUCAGCCGGGCCACUUAUAUUUAUCCUAUUUUCUCCUCUAUUGGCGUUAUUCACCCCUUAUCACCUCCACAACCUAGAGAUAAUUAUACUAGAAGGUGUAAUAAAGGAUGCCUGGGUACUACGACAAGGGUGACUAUGACUCCAGGGUCGGAGGUGGCGGCAACCGUUACAGAGGUCGAGGAAGAGGACGUGGAAGCUAUGGUUGGGGGAGCCGGGGCAGUAGUACCGGAGGAGGAGGAGGAGGAGGAGGAGGAAGAGGCUACAAUCGCGGAGGAAGUAGCUACAACAGCGGGAGGUACCGAGGAGGUGGAGGCCACGGUACCUCUGGGGGCUACAGGGAGUCUGGCGGCCAUGAUAGGUACAGCGACUCGCGGCGUUCGAGCUCGCAGGUCGACGCUUGGGAUGACAUGGGAUCCAACGAGGCGUCGGGUAGCGGGGGAAGCUACGGUUCGCACCACAUGUCUGCGGCAGCUGGCCCGGGGGGAGCGUCGGGGCGGAUGAUGGCCGCGGGGGGGAGAGGGGACACUUCAGAGCUCUUUGGGUCACUUAACCAGCUGAGUCACCUGGGUCACGACAAGUCCAAGUUGGCGCUCAAUAUCCUCAACGCUCUAUUAUCUUCUGAUACAUCGGUCGGGGACAAUCAGGACAGCUGGGAGAACGGACCGCCCCCUCGGAAGAUGAGACGUAUGGACUGGGAUGGAAUGCAUCCACCGCCCUCGCGCAAGUAUCCACAGCGAGACCGUCACUACAGCCCCCGCCGGACCUGGGAACGGCGCGGCCGAGGCGGCCGGGCCUACGGUCCGGGCGAGCACCAGGCCGGGAACGAUUACCAGACGAGGAAAGUGGCAAAGGCCCGGCGCGGUAAACCCUGGCACGAUACCAGGACUAGUAAGGGCGCGGCCAAGGAUCAGAAGGCGAAGGACGAGGCUAAAGCAUCGGGAGACCCGGACAGGGACGAUGCCGACGCCUCCACAGCCGAUGCCAGCCAGAGUGAAGCAGCAUCCAAGGAGGAGAAGAAGGGAGGCAGUGAGGAGGAGGAGGAGGAGGAGUCGCUUCACCAAGGUGCAGAAGGGCAGAAGAAAUCCGCAGAGGAUAAAGGAGGCGAGAAGGAGUCUGAGGAGAUCACAUGGUUACCGAGAGAGGCUCUAAAGUGCCACAUGUGUAAUCUCUCCAAGUUCCCAGAUAUCAAGGCUUACCUACGUCACCUGGAGAGCCGAAAGCACGAGAAUAUGAAGUAUGCUUUCCACAUUAAGGGUGCGGCUAUACUCCACUUCCUGAGGGCAGAGUCUAAGCUGGCCUCCCAACGCCGCAUAGUCAAGAGCCAUCGCCGAGGCAUCAUGGCACCCAUCCUUCGGUGCCGCAAGUGCCAGUGUGAGAUCAUCGGGUACAUGAGGGAACAUGCCAAGACUGUAGAGCAUAUUGCACUGAGGAACUACCUGCGUGUACAGUGCUGUGGUAACACCUACUUCAACAGGGCUGACUUGGAGGAGCACCGACUAUCCCUCCUUCAUCUUAAGAAUCAACUUGAACUGGAGCAGAAACAAAAGGAGGAGGAUGAGAACAAGACAGAUGACGUGGGAGUACCCGAGAAUGCUAAUGGCAAGUUGUUCGCCGAGACCAUUGAAUUGCUGAAGAAAUGCAAGUACGCAGAGGCGACUAGCCCGGAGACGCUGCUGCCGUACGACCCGUCUGUGCCCCAAGGGUUAAACUUCAUAUGGAAAAAAUCACAUUAUCGCUGCCAAGUUUGUCGCAUGGCAAGGUUGACCUCCGCAGCAGACACUGAGGAACACUUCAAGUCUCUCGAUCACUACAACAACAUGCUCGCUCACCUCAGCAAGAUUGAGGAGGAGCGGGAACAGAAGAGGAAGAAAUUGGAGAUGGAGGAGAUGAAGAUGAAGGCACUCAAGAGGAAGAACGAGGAACUGGCCGCCAUUAUGAAGGAGGAAGAGGAGGAGGAAGAGGAAGAGGAGGAGGAGGAGGAGGAGGAGGAGGAGGCCAAGAAGAAGAGCGGAGUACAGGACGAAGGGGAGGAGAUCAGCUUCGAGGAUAUGCACAAUAUGGAGACGGUCGAUGAGGCCUCGGAUGACGGGGAUCAACACAUGCACAGCGGAGAAGAGGACGGAGACGAGCAUGAUGAUUCGGUGAGUGACGGAGACCAGGAGAUUAGUCAUCCCUAGUUUGUAUCACCUGGA